AUGGUUUUCGGAGGUUAUUUUCGUCAAGUACUUCCAGUAAUUCCAAAAUCUACAAGAGCUAAAACAGUAAAUGCAAGUUUGGUAAAAUCAUACUUAUGGCAUCGCAUGGAAAGGAUUAAGUUAACAAGAAAUAUGAGAUCAAGAACAGAUCCAUCUUUCAGUGAAUUCAUACUGCGUAUAGGUAAUGGGGAGGAGCCUACAAUAAGAGAUGAUUUGGUACUUCUUCCAAAACAACUGGUUAUUCAAAAUACGAGCAACAGUACUGGUGAAGAUACAUUAGUAAAAGAAAUAUUUCCGUCGAUGGAUAAAAAUGCAAGUGAAAGCAGAACAUUUCUGAGUUUUGACUUUGCAGAAGAUGAUACUAACAAUUAUUAUCAGGAAGACUACUUAAAUACUCUCACACCAAACGGUCUGCCUCCACACAGAGGUUUUGACAAAAACGUCAUACAUGCAGAAAUAAUGAUUGGGCAAAAUGCUUUCAAGCAUGUGUUUAUCCCAGGAAUCCAGCUAUCACCUCCCAAAAAUGAAGGAAAAGUUAUACGUUGCACUCUCAAGAGGAAUAUCAAUGCCAACAAAAAAAGUUUUGGUCAUGACAGAGCAGCCAAAGCGAAGAAAAGGAACAUAAACCAAAAACAUCAUCUACAAAGAGAUAUUAGGUUCAGGAGAUACACAAUUACAUUAGAUUGA